GUUGACCAAGAGGCGCCAGGCAAAGCUGCUCAAUUAUUCCGGUCCUUUCAGCUGCCGAGUGGAAGACACGGACAACCGAUAGUCGAGAACGACUGGCUGCGAUCCGGCACCGGUACGAACCUCAUGGACAGCACGGGUUGAUUGCUCCCGAAUCAUCCGGAUUGCAAAGUGAUCUGGGAAGCGCGCCAACACUGGCAUCAGAGCCGGCGUGGUAAACAUCGGAGCCGCUCCGAUGCCGGAAAGCAUCGACACUCGGCGCGGGGGGUGCGCUAACAGAGCGACUCACAGGCGGGUCAUGAGCGAAAUGGAUGAUAGAUGGAGAGAGGGGAGGGGGGUUUCCGAGGAAUGGCGACAUUCCGUGUGCUUAUCCGCGUCCCUCUGAGACGCGGAUCCGAUGCGGAGUAGCCGCCACCCCCGUCGUUCUACCACCAGGAUCUCUGAGGCGUCCACUGCCGUCCAGUCAAGAGCCCGCCGUUACUCACGGCUUCUAAGAAUACCUGGACAAGAUCUUCCCGAGCAGAAGACAAUCUACACGCAACUAUCACAUCUCUCAAGCCUCCCUGGCAACACUCAUAAGAGACCUGCAGAACAAAACAUGUCAACCACUACAACAGUGACGGCCUCCGCCCCCGCACCGGCACCGGCACCGGCACCAGCGCAGCUGGGCUCGGCGCUGGACUCUGGAAGGGAGGGAAGCGGCAAGGUCAAGAGACUUCAUCAGAUCCCGGUCCCCGAGACAAAAGAGGCGGCCCGACAAUGGCAGCUUGAGCAGAUGGCCGCCGCAUUCCGCAUCUUUGCCAAGCUGGGCUUCUCGGACGGAAGCAGUGGCCACAUCAGCCUGAGAGAUCCCGUCAGACCAGACACGUUCUGGAUCAACCCGUACGGCGUCCACUUUGGCGUGCUCAAGGUGUCCGACAUGGUCCACAUCGAUGAGGACGGCAACCGCAUCGGCGGCGCCGACAAGCCGGUCAACACGGCGGGAUUCACCAUUCACUCCGUGCUGCACAAGAGACGGCCGGAUAUCAACGCCGCCUGCCACAUGCACAGCCCAUACGGCCGCGCAUGGAGCACAUUCGGACGGCCCAUUGAGAUGUUAAACCAGGACUCCUGCAUGUUCUACAACGACCUCUCGGUCUACGCCGGCUUCGGCGGCGUCGUGCUGGCCAAGGAGGAGGGCGAGCACAUCGCCGAGGCGCUGGGCCCGACCAACAAGAACGUCAUCCUGCAGAACCACGGCCUCCUGACCGCCGGGGGCACCGUCGCGGAGGCGGCCGCCUACUUCAUCGCCCUCGAGCGGGCGUGCCAGACGCAGCUCUUGGUAGAGCAGGCCGCGGCGCCCGGGACGAACGGCGCCGCCGCCGGUCUGCGGAAGACCAUUGUCGGCCACGAGGAGGCCCAGUACACCAAGGACGGGACCGGCACGCCCGAGGUCAUGUACAUGCAGUUCGUGCCCGAGUACCAGAUGAUUCUGAAGGAGUCUGGGGGAGACUUUUUGUUGUAG